UCCAGCACCGUUUGUAUCAGUGUCAAACUGUGUUAGAUACUCUGUGAGCAUACAGAAGAUAUGAAAUUGUGUUGUGCUCAAAUGCUAUCUAUGGAUUAAGAAUGUUCAAAUAAUGGAAAGAAGAAUAUACGAAACAAUUGACCUCGAUGACAGGAACUUAUUGAUUGAUUUGCGGAUGUACUACACAUUGAAAAUAUUUGAACGUUUAUGAAAUCUCUGCCUAACAUCGUGAUUAAUUCAAAGGAAAGAUCUCAUCAUAUUCACCAGAGACAAACGUCCCCGAGUCUACCCUCGUAUGGAAAGCUUGCUGAAAGCAAUUGCAUUUUGGCGAGAAACAUCAUUCAUUGCUAUUGUGCUUCGAUGACGGAGAGGAUACAGUUGAGCUUUGGAACAGAUCAGUGGAGCCAGCAAUGUUGAAAAAUGAAACUAGUUCCGCGUUCAAAUAUACUCGUUCAUACGUUCUGGUUCAUAGAAUAAUUGUUAUUCUAGCAAUAGCUUCAUUGUUUGAAGAUAAAAUCAGUGGACACAGUUGAAACCGCAUAGUUUUGAUAUACCAGAUCAAAAACGGCAAUACCUAAUACACAAUAUAAACCGUAUUGUUGGCAACAACGAACAAGUGGACACAGUUCCCGAGCAGUGAGAGUUUUGUUUGAAGGAUGAAAAUGUAUUCAUCGUCGACAGCAACAAGCUGAACCCGUGCCACCUUCGGGGCAGACGGUAUAAAGUUCCAAUAUUUUGUACGAUGCGAGAAGAAAUUGAGAAGCAUUCGUUGUCAGACCAAAAAUUGCUCUCGAUACAUUCAACUAUGGAUGCUCUCCCCGUACUUUGGGCUUUUGUGUGUACACAGCACACAUCAACUUCGGCCCCAUCGUAGUAGCCGUUUUUUGGUACUAUUUUUCCUCGACUCGGAAUGACUGUUCUAGGGACAUAUUCGCAACGGAAUUAAACAGUUCCAUUACGAUAAAGUGCUAGUUUACCUGACCUGCAGAAAGUUGCAUCGUCGACGCUAUUUUAUGUACAAAACGAGUGAAGAAAAGGCAACAUUCCAGAUAUUGAUUACUGCUGGCUGCUGUAUCUGUGAUUAAACUAAGUCGUAAAUGCAACCGUUACUGACGUUCAUCGUUGCUGGUGAAGCCGACUACCGACUUCGGUAAAGAUCGGUAUUGAACAGCAUAAUACUUGCUUUGUAGUUUAAAUACAGCUGUUCUAUGUGCUGAGAGAAACUUCCAGUCUUGGAGUGAGAAGAAAACGAACAAAAUGGGUACAGUCGAGUGUCCUGUGUGUACACUAUAUCUCCGGGCUGAUAUGAGCCUGGAGGAUCAUCUGGAGACACAUCCCAAGGAUCAGGUUAUCAGAGCACUAGUUUCGUUGGCUGCGAAGCCGCCAGCUACUCCACCUAGUGCGCCAGCAGCUGCAGCAUCAACGAAUCCUGUGCUGGGUGCAUCAUCAUCGAUGGAACUUGCUGCUACGCGAACAUGCAGUUCUCGUUCUCAUACACCACCGAAUGCAUUAAUGUAUCACACGAAUGGGUACGAACCCGGUCCGCAAGCUUCCAUUCUUUCGGCUAACCCAUCACCAAUCGUUACGAAUUCUGUUCCAACUGCAAUAGCGGUUGUAAAGGCUUCUGACAUGGGCUUUCCAAUAAACAACGUUAUGAUCGUCAAAAGUUGUAGUGCGAAAUUCGUACAUCAAACGCCUCCAGGUGGUAAUAAUCAUGUCGUCGGGGGUGGACACAAUGGAACGACCACGUCAUACGCUUCUAGUUCAAUCGACAGCAAAAACGUGUUCAUCGAACCAGAUCGAGGAGGAGAAAGUGGAACAACUUCCAUCACCGUUCGUCGCCAAAUUCCUUCGCUAUAUCCUCGUUAUACAAAUGAACGCUAUUCUGGCCCUCCGCCUCCAUACAGUACAGCCGUUUCAUCUACGAUAUCUGCCAGCUCGCAGUUACAACAAGCCUCGAUAUCAGGUUUUGCUUCUAGAUACGAGCCGAAAACCAUCGUGCAUCAGCCGAACUUUUAUCCUCACCCUCCACCUGCACCUCCUCUAGCUCAAUCGACGUCGGUGACAACUGCUUCACUACAAUAUCAUCAGAUAUACCAGCAAUCUCCGCCACCACCUCCUCUACCAAUGAAUCAACAAGCUUCUGAGGAAAUUCAGCAAAUGCAUGAACAAUUUCCAAAUGCUACUAAUAUGAAAGCUAGAAGCUUUUCACAGGCGCAAUAUACCGAAAAAGACGAUGGCGACUUCCUGGUUACUGAGAAUCCCAAACAAGUAAUCGAAUACACCGAAAUUGACGAAGGUGAAUUCAUGGUAAUUGAGAAAAUCAUCAAGUCACCCUCGCGUGUCGUUCAAAUUCCUAAUGACACAGAGUGUCCAUCUACAUCUACGGACGAUGUACAGCAAUCAGUAGAGGAGGAAAAAGAUGAACCACAAGAAGUGGAACACGAAGAAUGUGAAAUGGAUAUUGAGGAGGAACACAAAUCACUUGACAAAAAUGACCAUCAAGAGCAAUCCCGACCGCUGGAAAUAGUGGAAAACGACGAUGGCACAUUUGCGGACAGUCAUGGUUCGUUUGGAUGUAAAGAAAUGCCAAAACCAAUGCUAGUCAGCAGUAUUGGUACUGGGAAGAAGUGUAACAAAUUUAACUUUAUAGUGGAACCGUCUGACGCGAAUUCUGCUUGCCCUGAGAGCAGUUUCUACUCACCACGCAAAAAGCUGACCAGUGGUUUGAAGGUAUUGAGCAACGUAAAGGUAACAACCGAUUUAUCCCAGGGCAUUAAGGAUAUUAUUCUGAAUCUGAAUUGCAAAACCAAAACCACGACUGUUCCUGGAUGUAGUGGAACAGGUUCAAGCGAUAUGCACAGUAAAAAACAAAAUCUAACGGAAAAUGAGAAAUCAACUGCUGUUGUGAACAACAAUUGCCAGAAUGAGCUUAUAAUUAAUACCAACGGAAAUAUGCCUCCUAUCGAUCUCAACAAUGUCAAUAAUAUUGAAAUUAUUAACGACGAUGAAGAAGAUAACCGUUCGGAUGUAGACGACGAGUGCUAUGUAGGAUCAAUGGAAGUGAAAGCUAGCACUGACGAUGGAAUACCACAAGUCGACAGCGGAUUUUUCGAAGCGCGUUCACCGCAAAGUACAAGUUCGAGUACCACACCAACAUCAUCGGUUAUAACCAGUGUGAUCCGCAUGACUCCCUAUCCUUCUCCGGUAAUCGCUCAAUCCACGUCCCCUGAACAGCCUCAACAAGCGGCCUUGGCAACGUUUACUCCGCCACUGCAACCUCCUGAAUCUGAACCAUCUAUUCAAGAGAAAACAGUCGCGACCGUUAGUGAAAUUCCUUCCACUUCAAAACGCUCCUCCCUAGAUUUUGCUCAAAAAUCAAUAACCCUGCCAAUAACUAAGAAACAUACUACAGGCAUCUCGUCGGUCCCUCUUUUCAACAAGCCACCGAAAAAGUUGACCGUCAAGCUGAAAACUCCAUUACCACCAGCGCCCCCGCCAACACCACCUCCUAUUCCAGCUGUUCCAUAUGAUAACAAUGCCACUAGUAUGGUUGUGCCAAAAGUGGAACACUCUAUCGGUCACGUUGAUGAUCAGGUUGAACAAUCGAAUCAACAAACCUUGACUCUUACAUUGCCUAGCCGAGUUAGCGACAGCGACAAAUCUGAGGAAAACCCACCAGAAGCUCUUGGCGAGGAGAAAUAUUCCACAUCUGUCAAUAAUCAGCAAAUGACGCCACAGAUCGGCUCAGCAACACAACAUGAACCGUUCGUGCACGAGCGAACAUCCUCCAUUGAUACUGUAUUGAAUACCUCUACAACUGAGGUCAUUAGGACAUCUUUUGUGACAGCUAAGACGGAGCAGGAUUAUCUAAUUUCCGAAACAAUUACCUUUACGCAAUCUUCUACACAAUGCAGUGACAACAAUAGCAGCGAGCCCAGUACCAGCUUUUGUUUCCAUGAAACUCAGCACCUAAAAGAUGGAACGAUCCCUAUACCAUCCCCUCCACAGGAAGAUGCUCAAGAUACACUUCCUAUCAGUAAUCAAACUGAAUGUUACAAAAUAACAUUUAUCGAAGAUGAGUCGGCUAUCAUAAAUAAGCAACAGAAGCAGGAACCCGAUGUAAUGGCGUCUGUGGAGGAGCCAAUUCCACACGAGCUAGAACCAAGCGCUAGCAGUAGCAGUUGUAGUAGUAGUAGUAUUAGUUCCACCGGUAUUAAACCCGAACUUGGAUGCGAGCAGAAAGCAAUCAUAGCGGAAUUGUGUAGCAUAGAGAUGGACCCUCAAGUUCAUUUGUUGUCACCGCACAGCGGGUCUCAUGCAAGCGAUAGUAAAUCAGCAAUUUCACUGCACUCGGAAGCAUUGGAACCACCCCGGAUGUCAUUUAAAAAUAUUAAAGUUGAAAAUGUGGAAACAUUCAAUAAGAACGAACUGGAACAGUUGGUAUCAUUAGAAAUCGUCAGUGGCGGCAAACUGGAGCAUGACAUAGAAAAGCUCGAACCGCCAACGACCGAUAUCUGCGAUCCUAAGUGUGACAAGAGUGAAGAACAAAAAGAUCAUAAAGACUUCCUCGAGGCUGGGCCAUCGCGAGCGACGGUGACGGCGACAAUAGAAGUUGAUGAGCGCAUUGGGAAGGACUCACAAAGUCGAGCGCAAGAUUCUGAGCCGGUCUUUCUUGAAUACAGCGCAGAGUACGACGAUUACGUUCCAGUUAAUGGUUAUGGCAACGCACAGGGUCAGAUUCCACUGUCCUGGGUGCAGAAGUUUAGCCCCCAAUAUACGCCUUUUGAUGACCAGAAUUCCUACAUUGAUCUGGAUAUGUGCAGUAGCAAGACUAAUUCGAAUAGCAUUACGAGUGCCAGUGGCAGCAGAGGGAGCGUCAGUCGUAUUGAAUCCAGCAUGGACCGUGCACCGUCGGCUGAAAGUCUGAACAUCAGAACCGACGAGAAGAUGCCUGCCAAAGGGGAGAUAUCCGAACAAGAAAGCAAUGGUGACAUGGAGUUAUCUUGGAAUAGGCUUUAUCCCGUUCACGAAAAUAUUCCAAUUUAUCCGAGUUCGUACGAUCUAUCGACCGCACAGGAGUGCUGGAAUUUAACGAACCGCAACCCUAGCGCACACAACAACAGCACCAGUAGCAGCACGAGUAACAAUAACAACAGCACGGGACUUGUGAGUUCUAGCAGCAUCAUUACGGGGACACAUUCGGAGCCUCACUUAUCCCACCAUCAAACGCAUCAUUCCCACGGUAUUGGCUUUCAAUUCUCUCAACACGAUCAACAGCGACAAGAUGUGCUGGGUGGGGGUGAAGAUCAGAUGGACGAUAAGUCAAAGAUCCAUUUGAACUAUGGCGCUAGUGGCAGUGCUGAAGGGAAUUAUAUGGGAGUGAUACCGAGUGGUAGCAGUGGUAGUGCUUUACAGGGCUCAACCGCUUCAAAGCUUAUAAAGAACCGCACGUAUCGAUGCUCCGAAUGUCCGAAAUCGUUCAGUACGGUAAAGCAACGGCGUGUUCACAUGAUAUCUGAGCACGAGAUCGAGAGUAAAGUACAUGUGCUAUCAUCCGCUGCUGUUGUUCCUGCUGCUGCCACCGCUACCACCGGUGGUAUAUCAUCGACGAUUACAUCCGGAUCGGCAUUGAAUUUAUUCGCUGAUGGAUCGGGUGAAGGAUCCAGCACAGCAAUGUUGAGUAAGAAGAUCAAAAUCGAACCACAGCCAAUAUUGAUGAGUUAUAGUGCGCUUAAACAUGAACUCGAGCAAAAGCUGGAAAUUGGACUUGGCGGGAGUCUGCUCAGUGGUCCGUCGAGAAAACGGACGUAUGUUUGCGGCACCUGCAAACAAGAGUUCGAUACAUUCAAAUUAUUCAACGCUCACUUGAUGAUCCAUCCGGCAGAGUGUUGCACAUGCGGCAGGAGUUUCAGACAUUGGUCAAACUUUGCACUGCACGUGAAACGACAUUUGGGCAUCAAAGACCAUCAGUGUAGGGUGUGUGGCAAGAAAUUCGUCAUCAAACAAAAGCUUAUCGAACAUAUGCGAGUUCACACUGGAAAGGCACCAAUCAAGUGCCCUGAUUGUGAUCAGCAUUUCCGCCGGUUUUCCAAUCUGGCACAGCAUCGGAAUCGGCAUCAUCUGAACAAAAUUUCCUCUAAAAAAGACUAUGUCUGUCAUUGUGGUGAAGUUUUUCAAUCGAAGGCUAAAAUGGAGUGGCAUAAAGAAAUCCACGAAAACAAACCCAAAAGUUGUCCAUUUUGCCGGGAGAAGUUCAUACACAAAAACAGUCUCACGAGACACAUCCGUUUGUCGCACACGGAGAAAUACGUGAAAUUGGAAAUGGCCACAGAGAUGUGUACCAUUUGCAACCAACCGUACAUAAAAACCAGCAUGAAACGACACAUGGAGACUCACACGGAGGAGCGUAUGGCGUAUUCGUGCACAAUUUGUAACAAACUGUUCAGCACCAAUUGGAACCUGAAGCAACACAAGUGGACCCAUGCGAAUCCCACCCUGAAACCGUUCCAGUGCAACAUGUGUCCGAGUGGAUUUGUGCGGGAGGCGGACUAUAUAACCCACAUGAAUGCCCACAAAUCCAUACGGCCAUACACGUGUAAUCACUGCGGUUGUCAAUUCAUCCGGAAGUACAACUGGAUUCGGCACACGAGGGAACACGAAAUGGACAAAAACUACACGUGCGAGAUUUGCGGACGAAAAUUCCAUCGAAAAUACUAUCUCACGGAACACAAGCGGAUACACACCGGCGAGCGGCCCUUCUCGUGCAAUAUCUGCGGUAAGACCUCGUCGACCAAGACGAACCACAACAAGCACAUCAAAAUUCACCACGCGCGGGAUCCGCUGACGGCAGAGGGCUAAGUGAGUAUGUUGUAGUAGGAAGACAAUUGCUUUAUUCGCUGUAAGGUUUAUCAAUAUUUGUAAAACCGUGAUCAGGUGUCAGUUCCUGGCGUAGAAUAGUUGAACAGGACAAAUCCGUACUAGACAAACAAUUUUCAGUUGCAGAGCAACAGAGGGGGUCAUCUUUGGUACAAUCCACACCACAUUUCCUUAAGAAGGGACCCCAGUCUGGGAAAACGAAAAAUAACGAAUUUAUUUUUAUUGCAUUUUUGGGAAGCUAGGAAAUGUUGUCUUCAAAGGAAUUUUCAAUAUGUAAUUUCGUUGGAAAGUUACAGCCAACAGUAUGGAGUCACCUCAAGGGAUAUAGUAUGACUGUACGAUUUUUUAAAGGCGUUUUUCUCGAAACAAUUUUUUUUCAGCUGGUGGUAUCGAUAUAUCUUAGGAUCUACUCGACCGAUAUGGCUGAAUUUUUUUAUCAGUAUGUAUAAAUGAAUUAUCUAGAGCGUUACAUAGCCGUUGUUUGAUAUCUUAUUUCUUCGAUUUUUUAUGCGCUUCUAAAAAGUGAUUUUACAUGAAAAAUAACUCAUUUUCAACAAAAUUGGCUGCCAUUUUGGCAAUUUAACGAAUUUUCUAAAACCCCUAUGUAAUGCUCUAGGUAUUGUCCUAAAGUUUCGAAAAUUUUCAUUUGAAUUCGUUCUGCGACACCCCGUUGCUUCAGAACCGCUACCACCAGCAAGGUACCGAUUUUCAGACAGCGGGCCUGAUUCUCGAAAACACUUCACUGUGGAAACCAAAUGAAAUGUAUCCGCGACGACAACGGUGUCGACAUCUGGAUACGAAAUUAGUUUCCCACUUAAACUUAUCAUUAUAAUAUCAAAUUAUAAUUAUAAAUUAAAAUUUUUGUAUGAGAUUAUUAUACCACAUGAAGAAAAUAAAGUUUUACAUGCACAUUGAACACCAGUUUGAUACGAAGAAGUUAAUUUUCAUUAAUGAUUUUUAUUUGAAAAGUGCUCAUUCUGCCUAAAAACUCAUUAUUAUCUGCGACACUUCACUAACUCGUAAAACGUAGUUCAAUGGCGUGCCGUUUAUUUCGUUUCCAUUGUGAAGUGUAUUCGAGAAUCAGGCCCAGCAUCUACGCAUCCAGCUGUCAACAGCGUUAUAAUCAUUAUUCGUGCACUCAAAAAAUGGAAAAUACAUCUUCAAACAUACCUUAAAUAAUAACCAAAAAAAUACCCGUACCCUUCACUUUAUUCCUAACAUCCGGAAAAAAAUCACGAAAAUUCAUUAUUUUUCGACCUUCCAGACAGGGGUCCCCCCUUAAUGCGUCAUUGAUAUGCGCUACGGCGCAUCAAAGAUUAGGGAAAACAGAGGUUUAUUGUAACUUCUAUUUAUGAAUAAAUUGAACAACCGAUUGUGAGAGAGGCGCCCCUUUGUUUUAAUGUUCAUGAUGCGUUGUGAUCUCAUCAUCUAACCCAACAUUACGCGAAAUUCCUGUUAGCCGUUGGUGGGAGCACCGAUAGAACGAUUUGGAGUGGACAUUUGGACACGCCACAAAUCAAACAGAAGCAAUUCGAAGGACAGGUACACAAAUUAGAGCAUAAACUUAUUUAUUUUAGUUAUUAUUCUGUCGUACGAAAUAAUAGCCGCGGUAUCCUUUCGAACAAUUCUACUUACGGGGGUGGAAGGAUACAAGUACUGAUCAUCCUAUCAACGGAGUACACCUCUGUACUGUUCACGAAAUUUAAGAUACAAAAUAGUCCAAUUACUCCCGACCACUAGAACUGAUUACUAAUUUCGUUUUGAGAAUAGUGAUGCAUGAAUCACUUUCUUCCAAGAAGUGUGAGAGUAAACUCUGCCCGGAAAGGUUUCGGUUAAAUCAUCUACUUUUUCCGGGAACUUUCAUGGCGCGAUGACAGUAACAUAUGAUACAACAAACGUAAGGUAGAUUUAGUGAGAUUAGACGAAAGAGAAGAGAAGUAAUAAUGUAAUAAUUUUAAGUGCAAUAGCUAGGGGACAGUUUUAAAUUCUUCUUUUUCUAGGUACAUAUAUUUUAAACUAAUUGCAAAGAUCGGAUAUAGUUACGGCUUUUAUUGCUGUUCCACACGUACUAAAAAUCUAUUCCUGAUAUUUUUAUGUCUACCCCGUUUUGUUCUAUUAUUUCCCUUCCGUGAACUGUAAAUACACCCAAUAUAAUAUUAUUUUAAAA